AUGGCCAGGCACAUUAUGCUCCUCGCCUCCCGUCGCUGCCCACCCUUCGCCGCUGCGCUCCGACCUGCCGGCACGCGGGCGCUCGCCUUCAAAGCGACGCACAAGCGGCAGCCCAAAAAGGAGGAGAGCAGCGGCGGCCGCGACCCGUACGCCACGCUCAAGGCGGCGAUCAUCGCGGAGCCAGAUCCAGAGCUGUCCACGGCGAUAAUGGCGGAGAAGGAGACCGCAGCGGCGCGGAGGGAGAGACGAGCCGAGUACAGCCGGCAAGCCAUAACCGAGGUGAAGCGGGUGAUGGGCCACCUGUCUCGCCUAAUCAAGCUGAGACAGGCGGCGAUCGAGGCGCUGCCAGAGGAGCUCCAGGAGGCUGCGAGGAAGCCCGACCUGACGCCAGCGCCGAUCCAGCGCCGCAUCUUCACAGACACGGCGCCCAUCCCGGACUACCAAGCCAAGUUGCUACGGCGGGGGGAGGACUGA